GUUUGUUGUUGACUGUAUUCUGCGAAUGUCGUUAAUAUUUUCUUAGUUUUAUUUUAUCGAUAAAAGAAUUUAGAAUAAUAAUGGCAACCUACGAAAAUGUAAACCAAAUUAGGGAUCUUAGUCCAAACAUGUUUAAAUGCAAUGCCAGCAUUAAAAGUGAUUCAUUCGCCGUAUCUAACGAAAUCUAUGGAGCAUUGCUGUUGGAACCGACCAUUCCAUCCGUUAUUUCAGACUAUGAAGAAGUUAGCGAUAUAGACAUGUCUUUGCCCACCGUUUGUGCUAAUACAAAGAGUAUUGCGAAACUACAUCAACCAGCAGCUCAGUUAAAGAGGGAUCGAGAAGAAUUGGUAGUACCUGCUGAUGUGUCUGUUGAAAGAAAUCUGUCAUAUAAUCAAUUGACCAAACCGAUCUGUUCUACUGGCCAUAUUGUGUAUGAAGCAAGUGAACCGACUGUUUUAUGUGUUAAGCCUUUAUCUGAGGAAUUUGAACAGACUAUAGAUAACAGCUUUAAUGAUUUGCCAUCUAUUACUUCGACUCCUUUCAUAGCUGAAGGGUUCGAAAAUCUUGAUGAUUUCUGGUUAGAUCUUGCACAAGGACAAGCAAUAAGGUCAAACAUCAAUCGCGAAGUGAAUUGUACUAAGAAUAAAUCGUUCAUAUCCGAAUCGAAUUGGCGUUUUUCACAAACUUUGCCUUCAAAUUCGGUAAGAAAGUCAGAAAACGAUUUAGGUGAUGGGUUUGUGAGAGAAACAUGUUGGACAUAUUCUCCAAGUACAGCGAUCAAUUCGUUAAGUAGCUCGAACGAGUUUCAUAAGAAAAAUGAUAUCCUUAUUCAAUUGGAUUAUGAACAAGUACAAGAUAAUGUUCCACAGCAAUCAAGCAGUAGACCAGAAUCUAGAAUGAAUAUCGAAGAAAGUCUAUAUGAAUUAGCUAGACCGGAAACGUGUUUGAAUAAACAAACGCACAUGGGAGGCAAAACAGGAUUAAAUUAUAGUCACGCAAUGGAACAUCCUUUUCUUAUAGGAGAGAUUUGUUUAACGUCAAAAUAUAAUACAAUCCAAAACGGUAUUUAUGAACUUUCUAAUCCUCAAAAAGAUUUAGACGAGUUUCGAACAACUUCUCUUGAUCGAGCACAACAAAACAAAACAUUUCUUCAAACUUUACAUGAUAAUCAACUUUAUGAAUCUGUAGACAAUUUAUCUAAACGGUCAAAAUUGCCUGUUCCAUCUGAUCCACUAGAAAUGACUACAAAGUCCAAAUUUUCAAAAACUCAAAAUUCAAAAGACUAUUAUAGAACUGAAGAACCAGUAUAUGCAACAGUUGUUAAACCAAUCACGAGAAGAAUAGAGGAGAUUCCAACUGAUGCAAAGGUACUUAAAACGGACAUCAAAAAGUUAGAUGAAUCUGCUGUAGAUACCGAUAUAACUGAAAAUGACGAAUUCUUUUCACUUGCUUCUUCACGAUUGAAUACAACAAACACGAUAAUCCAGAAAUCCGUAAGACCCGAUAGUGGUCUAGGACUAAACUACACAUAUGCGAAAGUAAGUAAACCCAGACGCUACGAAAAUUGGCCACUUACUAAAUCAAUUAAAAAACGAGUUGAAAACAGUGAUAGUUUAGAAGAUGAAAGCGGAGCACAUAAUAUAGAUUUUGUGUUCAUAGAUAGUAAUUCUGAUUAUGCUACCCUUGAAAGUACGUUUAAUGAUAAUUGUGCGACAGAGAUUCAAUGUGGUGCCGUAUGCAAAGAUUUUGAUCCAGAAGACUAUGAUCAUUAUUCCACGAUAGAAGAAAUUGAACGACAAAGGUACAGACAAAUAAAUGAUAAAACGACAUCUGAAAAGCCUCCGAUAUUGACAAAAUCUGAAAAGUCUAAGAUAUCUUUGAAAACAAGAAUGAAAGGAUUGAUAACAAAGGUAACAAAAAUGCAGUCGUCUCACCAGCAUCAAAGGGAAAAGUCAGUAUUUUAUCCUUUUUCGUUUAUUUAUAAUUUUCCGAUAAGAAUAAAUGGUGAGGUGUCUGCUUCUGUAAAGACUAUCCUACCAAAUGUAAAUGGAAAAUGUUGGAUUAUCUGCAAAAACGAUUUGAAGAUCAGAAUGUAUGAUUCCCAGGGUUCAGAAACUGAGUCCAUAUACAUAGGACUCGAAGGAGAAGAUAUGGCAUAUGAUAAUAAAGGUUCUCUGUACGUUUCUUGCAAAGACACCAGAAGAAUAUUUAAAAUUGACACAAGGAAUUUAUGUCAGAUAUCAGCUUUUGUCGACUGUGACUUUUUCCCCCUCGGACUAGCAUUUGACAUACUUGAUAAUACAUUAAUAGUCUGUCAGAAUCAACAAACGUUUGAUAUACCAAUAGGUGUUGCUUCUGUUGAUUGCAUAAAGAAAUAUUCAGUCUCUGAAACGCUGGAUGUUAGAAAUCUGACACACGAAAUUUUGUUUUCUCAUCCACUUCGAGUCUUAAAAAAUUCUAACACUGAUAUAGUCGUAUCUGAUCCAGAAACAAAAUCGAUCACCAUGCUGAAUCGGAACGGUAUACAGAAAAACAGGUUUUCAGGAAAUGACAUCUUCAAAAUGGAAUGCCAUCAUACAUUUGUCUGUGAUUUACAAGGCAACAUUCUCAUAUAUUCUCAAAAUAUAAGUAAGCCUUCAAAUAAAAACUUGGAUAACGUGUGUCUUCUAGACCAGAGUGGAGAUUUCAUAGAUACAUUCAAUAUUGAGGAAGUGCAAGAUAAAACUGUAAACUCGUUGGCAUUAACAGAUCUUGGCUUUUUGUGGAUUGGUUGUGACGAAGGAAUAUUUAUCUUUGAUUAUCAAAUAAUAUAACAUUUGAAGUAGUUCUUUAAUUCUUGAUUUGCAUUAAUUUCUUAUUUUAUUUUGAAUUAUACUUGUACCUGAGAGUAUUUUUGCUCAGUAUUUCAGUAAAAAGGAACACAUCUUACGACAAUUAAAAUGUUAUUUUAUCA